GCGGUUUACUUCCCGCUGUAUAGGGUAGCUUUCAAAUAAGAUUUGUUUUUAAAUUACCAUCUAUUACUUAUUAAAUAUUACGUUAAACGGAACGUAGUAAUUUGUACAUUUUUCUAUUUUCAUACUGCUUUCGUUGGUAUAAUCAUCAUAGAGUUUUGCAUUUUGAAAUUGAAGCUGGAAGAACGUGCUUCGAUUACAAUAUGAAGAUUUAUCUCUUAUUAUUUGCCUUGGUCGCAGUCGUUUGUGUAACAGCGGAAGAUUAUACCACAAAAUAUGACAAUGUAGACGUCGACAGGAUCCUGCAAAAUGGUCGUAUCCUCACCAAUUACAUUAAGUGCAUGCUGGACGAAGGACCAUGUACCAACGAAGGCAGAGAAUUAAAAAAAAUUUUACCCGACGCUUUAUCUACAGGUUGUAGUAAAUGCAAUGAAAAACAGAAACAUACAGCGAACAAAGUAGUAAAUUAUCUGAGAACUAAAAGACCGAAGGAUUGGGAACGACUUUCCGCAAAAUAUGAUUCAAGUGGCGAAUAUAAGAAGCGUUACGAAAAUGUAUUACAACCUACAAAAAACAGUUGAAUUUAUAUCUCUAGAUCUAAACAAUAAAUUUAUGAGGAGAUUUGUACAAUAAAACUAUAACAAAAGUAAUAAAAUAGCUUAAUGUAUACAUA